AUGACAACAAACACAUAACAUUAGCUUCCGAUCGGAAAGGCGGAAUUUUCUGGACAUUGACGGCGAACAAACCUUAUCUAACGUUGGAUUUCGGCAUUAAAAGGAAGUACAAAGCAGCUACCAUCAGUGAGUGAACGACCGUCCAACACGCAGCUUCCGCUGUAGUCACAUGACAUCUACAAUGUCCUAUCCUGCAGCAAUCCAGCCCCUGCCACCACCAGCCCAUCAGAACUACAAACAGCAGAAGACACAUCAGCAGCAGCCCACGUCGUCUCCGUACUCCGAAGGGAUUGAAAUGAGACCUAGGACUGGGUUUGCUAGACUUCCACAGGACCCACCAUUACAGCAACACGUUGGCAGUCACCAGAUGGAAACUACCAUGUCAAAUGGUGUGCCGAGUGUUCCCGUGAACACAUCACACAAUUUUGCGUACCCUCAGCCCCCUAGCUAUACCAUGGAGGACAGAGUUAACUUCAGCAAUGGGACGGUGCCAGGUGCCAAUCCACAUCAUUUCCCUCAAUAUGAGGAACUUCCCAUACAAGGAACGAUGGAGACCAGCACAGAUCACAUCAGCCUGGAGGAAGGGAAUGAUUUACAGAGGCAGGAAUCGCACACCGAAGUGGACCAGUACUACAACCCACCGGUCCACUCUAUAUCAUCUACCGCAAGGCUGACUAUCACAGAGCCCAAUGAGAAGAGACCAAGGAAAAAAGUCAACCCAGUCUACGAUCGUUACCAGGGCCCUACUGAAAAAAUCACAACCUCCAAGGAUGGCUCUCAACAGAAAAGCAAAUCACCAUCCAAGGGGAAAUGUCGCAAAUAUCCAGGUAGAUGUCUUCGCCAUCCGUGCACCAUCGUGUUUAUCUUCGCGCUGGUUGCAGUCGUCAUCGUUGCAGUUAUGCUCAUCAUGUUGGGUACCAUUGAGACCCCAGGAUCACUACCUGAGGGUCCCGAUCGCCAAGUCCAGACCACAUUGCCAGUCACCAUUAUGCCCUCAACGACUCUAAAUCCUGACGCAAUAAACUCAGAAAGGCUGUUGAACAUGAUUGAAGAACAACAACGCACCAUCACGAUGUUACAGGAAAAAAUCACAAUGCUUGAGGGUGUCCUUGGAGGGGGUGAUGAAGCCAACGCAACACUAAGCGCCAGAGUGGCUUUGAUUUCUUUCAAGAGCAAGGCUGUCUUGUACAAACAAUUAGCUGUACUGAAUCCUGGAUGUGUCUUGGAGAUGUGCCAUUUAUUAAAUGAUAGAUGA